GUUCUCUCAGUAGGGGACACCUUGUUUGUUGCCGCAGCCCUCAUCCAGCGUUAGCGGCGGAGUUUUUCACGGUAAAGAAGACGGAUCGGAUUUUCAGUACCAACUAGAAAGUCCAGUUCGACCGACCGAGAUGUCACAGGAGCAUGACAAUAAGCGUGCAGUCCUGGUUCUCCAGAACGAGCCAGGCUAUGGCGGCCAGCGUCGCUCCUUCACCACAGAAGACGAAGCGUGGAAAUCCUUUUUGGAGAACCCGCUGACGGCUGCCACCAAGGCCAUGAUGAGCAUAAACGGAGACGAGGACAGCGCUGCAGCUCUCGGGCUGCUCUACGACUACUAUAAGGUGCCCAGGGACAAGAGAACAAUAACCCAGAGCAAGCCAGAAGCUCUGGUCUGUGAUGUGGAUCCCAACAAAAGACACCAGAUCCAGACGGGACACCCAAUAGUUCCACUUCAGGAAGCCGGUAUGGAGAACAGGAUCCAGGUCCUCAAGGGACCAUUCAAUAUUCUUCAGCUGGCCCAGGAAAAGAGGGCCCAGUUCCCCUCACCAGACACGACUGUCACCGUUUCCAUAGCCGCUGUGCCAAACUACCCGUCUGUCAAGACAGAGAUGCCUACCCACGGUUUCUCCGUGACCGUGCCAAACGACUGUGCCGAAACUGACGGCCACGUGGGAGUCUUUGAGCGCCAGCUCACCCACAACACGGUUCAGUUCAGCCCCAGCACCCAGUCCCGCACGCCCCCCGACUCCACCUUCUCAGAGAGUUACAAGGAUGGUUCCCAGGAGGUGUUUUCCUUCCCAGGGGAUCUCCAGUUACGUAUGGCCUCCAUGGCGCCUGAGGACUACACUCAGUUUGACACCAUGCCGGGGAAUAACUUUGAGUACACUCUUGAGGCGUCCAAGUCUCUGCGUCAGAAGACAGGUGAUGGGACGAUGACGUAUCUCAAUAAGGGCCAGUUUUACCCAAUCACCCUCAGGGAGGUUGACAGCAAAGGCAUUCAGCAACCCAUCACCAAAGUCAGGAGUGUGGUGAUGGUGGUGUUUGGAGAGGAGAAGUGCAGAGACGAUCAGCUGAAACACUGGAAGUACUGGCACUCCAGACAGCACACUGCCAAACAGAGGUGUCUGGACAUUGCUGACUACAAGGAGAGCUUCAACACCAUCGGAAACAUCGAGGAGAUUUCCUAUAACGCCAUCUCCUUCACCUGGGACACCAACGAGGAGGCCAAGAUCUUCAUCUCUGUCAACUGUCUGAGCACCGACUUCUCCUCCCAGAAGGGCGUGAAGGGUCUUCCUCUGAACCUGCAGAUCGACACAUACAGCUACAACAACCGCAGUAACAAGCCCAUCCACCGCGCCUACUGCCAGAUCAAAGUCUUCUGUGACAAGGGAGCCGAGAGGAAGAUCCGGGACGAGGAGAGGAAGCAGUCUCGCCGGAAAGGGAAGGUCGCUGAGCUCAACCCCGGCCUGGCCUUUGUUGAUGUCAAAGUUCCCAUCCUUCAGAAACGCAACGAUGUGACCAUCUUCAAGAUGAUGACCGAUCACGAGACCCAGCCCGUCCUGUUCAUUCCUGACAUUCACUUCUCCACCUUCCAGCGCCACCCUUUCUCAACAGAAGAUGGAGAGGACAGCAGCUCGGCCAUGAAGAGAUUACCUUUCAGUGACGAUGAGUUCGUUUCACCCCCAACCAAGAUGGCGAGAGUGGAGGAACCAAAGAAAGUCCUGCUGUAUGUGCGCAAGGAGACGGAGGAGGUGUUUGAUGCCCUCAUGCUGAAGAAUCCCACGCUGAAAGGCCUGGUGGAAGCUAUUUCAGAGAAGUACGAAUUACCUUUGGAUAAGGUUGGAAAGGUCUAUAAAAAGUGCAAGAAAGGGAUCCUAGUCCAUAUGGAUGACAACAUCAUCAAACACUACUCCAACGAAGACACUUUCCAGAUCACCAUGGAGGAGCUGGGCGGCAUGUACAAACUCACCCUCACUGAAAUCUGAUUGGACGGGAGGAGGUGACAUCACCCAGACCAGAGGGGUGGAGGACUAAUGACAUGCAGCCGUCAGGAAUAGUGGUUUACACGUCUAACUAUGCAGUGGUUAUGGACUUGAUCUGAAACUUAAAUCACGUUGUCUUUGUGCUGUAUAAAUGUCAAGUAGAUUUUUUUUAAAGUCCCACAGGAGGUAUUUAAAGAAAAGCCAUAGCUCUUAAAAGGCCAUAAUGCUUGUUAGAUAUGUAAGCUAUACAUUUUGAUUCACUUUAAAACCUUUGUGUGUGCAUGUGAAUCAACAAGUGAGUACACAUUUGAUUGUUAUGACAUUUUCUCAGCAAGUUUCAGAUAAUUGUGCCUACUUUUGUAAAUUUGUUCGUGGUGCUGCAGUACCUCAUGCUAUGUAAGCAGCAGUGUUUCUUUUUAUGAGGAGAAACGGCUCAUCUUCCUAAAGCCAUAGCACUGAUGAUUACAGUCCAUAAAGUUGGAUAUUUAGUGCACAAAAUGAAGACAGCAAAUUGUUGAUGGAGCCUAAGUGGUUCAAUGUAUUAAGACUAAACAACAUGGCAGUAUUUAGUGUGUAAAACUCUCUUCAACCAUCAUACAGUUAGGGCAGAAUAAUGUAAAAGUUUGUUGUAUUUUUUAUUAGCAUAGGAUACAUGUUGUUUGUGUUGUUAAAUCGAUAUAAAUAAUGGCCUCUUUGUAAGUAUUAAAUAGUCACUAAAUAUAUUGAUAAUAAUGUUAAAACACAGCUACACUUCCCCUGUAGAGUAGUUCUCUGAAUGUUGAUGGAAUAGGUCAGUGAAUGUCUAGUACAGUCUAUGCAGGCUGUUCUGGAAGUGCAAUAUGAUUUAGUUCAGGCACAUUCAGAAAAAACAAAUCUCGUCUAUUGCCAUAAAUACAGUAUAUAAAACACAAUAACCGACAAACUUAAAAAAUAUAUAUAUUGUUGUAUAUAUCCACUGAAAAAUGGAUCUAUAUGAUCCCUUCUUUUGUAUCUCAGUACUUAUUGUGUAUAUAUUUAUUAAGAGAAUGGAUGUGGGUCAUUGUUGUUUUUUACCAUAUAUAUCCAAAUUUCUGUUAUUCCUAUUAUUAUGAUGUUUUUCCUUUUUAUAUGAAGUUAUUCUAACAUUACAUGUCAAGGGUUUUUGUUUUGUAAAGGAUUUGAUGCACAAAGUGCCCAAUAAAGGCUCUCCAGCAGCA